UUUCUUCAGAUUUAAAUGUCUAAUAACGGUGGUUUAUUAACUAUUUAAUAUCCGUGAAAGUGCAUAAAUGUGGGAAAAUAAAAAAAGCCGCUGGAGGUAGCUUCUCGAGAUCCUCCGAAAAGUCUACUGAAAAAAAUCUAAAUGUCGUUUUUAUUACUUGUCAGAAUGUCAAAAUCUAUUUAAUAUUGAGCCGAUCGAGCAUUUGAGCUGGGCGUUGCAAAUAUAAAGAUUUCGAAAAAUAAUUUAUAAUGAUUGAUAUAAUACAAAUCUGUCUUUAUGUAUGAAAUUUACUUCUUCUCACUAAAAGACCUAACUGAUAAAAUGCUUUAAAUAGCAGUACAAUUUUAACAGCUUGGCACGAACAGUAACUCGCUCAUUUGAACAACAUUAUAUUGAAGAAACAAGUUAUGCCGGAACAAAGCAAUGAUUAUCGCGUCGUAGUUUUUGGUGCGGGAGGUGUUGGUAAAAGUUCUCUAGUUCUCCGUUUCGUUAAAGGAACAUUUAGAGAGUCUUACAUACCAACAAUAGAAGACACAUAUAGACAGGUGAUAAGCAGUAACAAAACAAUAUGCACAUUACAAAUUACUGAUACUACUGGUUCACAUCAGUUUCCGGCUAUGCAAAGACUGUCUAUAAGCAAGGGCCACGCUUUUAUAUUGGUUUACUCCGUGAGCAGUCGACAGUCACUAGAAGAAUUGAAACCAAUAUGGCAAACAAUCAAAGAAAUAAAAGGCGUGGAGCUCCCUAACAUCCCUGUGAUGUUGGCAGGCAACAAAUGUGAUGAGAGCCCAGAGAUUCGAGAAGUAUCAGCUUCUGAAGGACAGGCGCAGGCGCAAGCCUGGGGCGUAUCCUUCAUGGAGACAUCUGCUAAAACGAAUCACAAUGUAACACAACUCUUUCAAGAGCUAUUGAACAUGGAAAAGAACAGAAACGUGUCUCUUCAAGUUGAUGGAAAAGGUAAGAAGAAGAAAGAUAAAGUUGUGAAAGAGACAGGAGAAGCUUCUGCUGCCGGCAAAGAGAAAUGUCUUGUUAUGUAAAUAAAUAACGAUUUAGUUUUAACUCUGCCACAUUACAAUAACUUUUAGUCAUUUUGAUUCUAGUCAUUUAAAUCAUGUCCUGUAAAAUUAAGCACAUUUUAGAUUAAGUAAGUAAUGAAUAAUGCAUUAAAAAAAAGUUUAUUUAUAUAGACGACGCCUUAGACGAUGAAAUAUAAGCCGUAAUUUUUCUUACAUUACAGAGCUUAAACAUAUUUGGGAAAAACAAUAUUUUGCUAAUAGUAAGUGUAUUAAUAAUUUGAAUACGACUGAUUUUAAAAGAUAAAUGUUACAAAAUAUUGCUAGUUUGAAAAUACAACGAAAUUGUGUCUCUAGGACUGUUAUUCAAUUUUAAAUGCUAUUAAUUAAACAUAAUUGAUAUUCGUAACGUUAAACAAACUGCGGUUGCAAAUGACGCUAUGGCUGAAGAAUAUUAUAAUGGAAAGCAUAUUGUUAUGACCUAUUUCUAGAGCCGAAAAAUACACGGAGUUAAAUUUUAUUUGUAAACAAAUUAGUGAGAGUAAUAAUAGGUGCCUAUUCAACUAACGCUGGUUAACUCAAGAAACGUUAAAAUUUUCUUGUUUGUCAUGUUUAAUAAAUUUUAUAAUGCCAUUGUUAAAGCAUGAAGGAUUUCUAGUCAUUAUUAGAACUUUGCUAGUAGCACGUAUUUAUUUAAUUAAUAUCAUUCACUAACAUAUCCGACUAGAUUUGUCCACGAUAGAUUUUUAAUAUACUUACGUCUAGUUGUAUGUGUGCUACUCUGUAAGGAAUACACAUUUUUCGUCAAAAUUUCAUUAAUUAACGUAAAACGCUAGAAUUUAUUGAUUUACACAAAAAAAAAAUGCUUUUAUGUUGACGUUACUUUUAUUGGUCCAUAAAGAAACCGAACGCGCCUUUUGCUAAAUAUCUAUGGCAGGGUGAUAAAAGCAAUAUUGCAACAAUAGUAUAAUUUUAUUUCGGUCACGAAGUGCAUAGUGUAUUAGCGCCGAGGAAACUCGGAAUGCCAUCUUUACUUGAGAGAUACUCAGGAAACAUGAAGUAAAUGUAUUAAAAUAUAUUGGCUAGUAGCUUUUAAAUUGACAAAGCAGCAGAACCUAUAUGGUCGGCAAUUGAAAAACUGCUUUUAAGUUCAGACGAGAUACAAGACGAGUUUUCUCGAAUGUACGAUAGUAGGCGAAAGUAUCAAGAAAUUUUCGCCUAGUGCAAAACAAUUUACGAAUACCGCCAAGGCGGAAAGCAGACGAUAGGCAGAUGAUUUGAGACUUGUAGUUACAACUAAAGUGCUUUAUCGAUUGCGAUAACGCAAAGCCAGCGUUACGUACCAGAUUUUAAAGCAGCGCGCCAAAUCGGUACGGCAAGGAUAAAGAGUCUAUAUUAAUAGAAUAUAAAGCCACUCCGAGGGUAGUCUACACACAAACCAAAGAAAUGACCAUCAAAUGUGGUGAUCAUUAUCGAUCGAAAAUAUCACCGCUUCUAGUUCAAAAUCUACUUACGCGUCUCAGGAAAAUACGUCAAAUUCGCGUGCGAUGGUUAACAGUGAGCGGAAAUGUAAUGAAGACACCGAUCUUAUAGAAACCGAACGUAGAGAUAGAUGCUAAAAAUUACACAAAAUUCUAGAAAAUAUGUACUGCAUUUCAAAUCAAAUCAAAUCAAAUCAAAAAAAUUUUAUUCAACAUAAAAUUCUAGAAAAUAUGUACUGCAUUUGAGAAAUCGAACGUUUUUACGAAAUGAGGAGUGUUGUUUUCUGAGUAUUGUUGUUGUUGUUGUACAAGCAUGGACAUAAAUAUGGUGCUAUUGUUGCAUGCUUUGCAUCAAGAAGUGAAAACGCUUUUAAAGCGCGUUCAUUAACACGAAAGCAAAAGCAGACCGCUAAUAACUACCUAAUGGAAUAUCUCGAUGUUUAGCCGCGACAUACCUCAUCGGAUACUGAUUGGCAAAUCUGACGACUUGAAAAGCAAAAGAGGUGCUUCCAAGAUUAGGCCAGAGCCGCUAGCGAUCGUUCUCGCUGGCUUCGGCAGUGGCAAACAUCAUUAAGACUUCUAUUACGGUUUAACGAUCAACUAGACAGUGUCGUUCUUAUUGAAUAAAUAAUUCGAAACGUUUAAAAUAUAAAUACAAUAGACGCACGAUUGAACCGUGAAAAUUUGUCAAAUUAUAUCAAAUUCACUACAUACUUCGUGUGUCACGUGAUACAAGAGAGACAGCGGCUGUUGAUAACGACGAAGGACUCUGAUAUAACGGUGGGCAGCGGCUUGACUGUGCCCCUAGCAUUGCUGAAGUCCAUGGGCGACAGUAACCACUCACCAUCAGGUGGUAUGCUCGUCUGCCUACAAGGGCAAUAAAAACCCGCACGCGACAAUCUUUCGGCUCGUCUUCGAGAGAUAUUCUCUAUUGUAUUAACCAGAUGACUACUGAGGGUUGUCACCGCUCCAGACGGCAGAAACAUCGACAUUUAAAAAUAUCGUUAUCAUUUGCGUACAUCGUUUUUUAUAUCAUGUUAAGUGCUUAUAAAAAAAAUCGAUUGUAAUUUUAAUCGGUUGUGUGGUAAACCGAACGAAAAGGUACUAGAGCAUGAUAAUUAUUAUAAUAAUAUAUAUUUAGCUUAUUGGCAGGAGGAACCAAAAAUAUACAUUGAGAUAAUGAUUGUUAAUUGCUGAAUUGUUAUUACCUGGACCAAAGUUGUUUGAUGUUGAACGGUAUACAUUUACAGUUGUAAUGUUGUUCUGUUCCGAAACUUGUUAUAUAGUGAUUUAUAGAUUGUAACGUUCGUUAAACAAUGUUCGCUGUUUUGUGUCUUAACGAUACAAUUACGUCGUUACGUAAUAUCUCUGUAAUUGUUGAUUCUUGUCUCUGAAGUCGUGUGAGCUUUGGCUUGAGUUUUCUAAUGAACUUUCUAAUGAACCUUCUCACUAAUACUGUAUACAUUCCAAUAAUAUCUUAUUCGAUUAUCUUAAACCUAUAAGUAUAUAUCUUCUAAUUCCAAAUUAACAGAAUUCGCUUUUUACACAAUUAUAAGUAAGAUAUUUCGAUAACAAAUAUGAUUAACUGUAAUUUUUUUUUUUCACGUUGCCAUAUAUUUACUUAUAGAACACUUUUGAUAAUUUCCUCGUAAUUAAAAACUUUGUAUUUAAAUUCAAUAGUAUUCGUCAAAUUAUUCUGUAUACUGUAAGUCAAUCAAUAUUAAUAUAAUAUUAUCGAGAAACAUAAUAUAGUUUUUGUCUGGAUUAGCCAAGUCUAGUGCCAUUGUAAAAUAAAACGAGCAAUAAUAUUGUAUAUUCUGUCGAAUUCAUUGAUUUGUAAUUCGACUUCAUGAAAGCAUACCAUUUAACUUGCUGAAGCUUUUCAAGCUCGACCGCGCAUAUAGAGGAAAUAGGAAUAGAGUUUUUUGCAUCUUAGUCAUUGAAUACUAGCUGGCUUAGAAACCAAGAAGGAGAAAUUUAAUGGUACGUAUUAGCGGUAGUAGCCAAAUCAUCAAUAACAGAUAGUCAUGUCCCUUAUUUAGAGACAUUAGUCGCAGUAUACAAUCAUAUUGUGUAAGUGGGAUCACGCUUUGAUCAAUCAGUACAUACUCGAAUGAUUAUUAAUUUAUUUUAUUAGUUUGUUUGCUUCUGUUUUAUCAAAGAUAUCCCUUUCGUUAAACAUGUAAAAAUGCAAUUGUGAUAAUUAAUUUAUUACGAGAUAUGAAACAACAAAAAUACGUCCGAGAAUUCGUUGAACUAUAGUUUUCAUUAAAUCACGUUUGAAAUAUAAAUUUCAAUUAAGACAUUUGGCUGUUUGAAUACGAUUCAUACAUAAUUUUUGUUAAUGAUUUAUUAAAGGGUUGCUAUUUCUAAAAUAUAGCUUCUAAGUAAUUAAUGAAUUUUUUUAAACACUAUGUUAAAUGAUUCCUUUUUGUUAUUUUCAAGCGGAAAUACUAACUUCUUUAUUAAGCAAGUUUUCGUAGAUUGAUACUUAUAAUUGAUACUCACUUGUCAAAAUAUUUUUGUAUAUUUGUGCACAAAAUUGUAUUAACUUCGUUUUGUUCAUAUAUGAUCGAUUUUUAGCAUGUGCUCUCGACUGUCCCAAUAAGAAAAAAAAAGGUUUGAAUACAGCUUUCAAGUAAAUAAGGAAUUUAAAUCUUACCUAUUGAUAUAUCAGCUCAAAAUCUCAAUCUAAAUAAAUGUUUUUACCUUUUAAGUAAAUAUGAGCAGCAUAUUGGAUACAGAAGAGAUGAUUGCAUUUAGAUAAUGUGAAUAUGACAAUAUUUCAUUGUUGUUAACCAUUAACCUGUUUAAUAUUAAUUCUUUACCUCUAUCUUUACUUAACGAUCUAUUGAAUAUUUUCCAUGUCAAUUUUUGUGGUAGUAACGUAGACUUCUGAAAAAAACUAACUAUGUAGAUCAUUAAUUUACAUUUACUACAGAUUAUUACAAUAUAUUACAAACUUUCCUAUAAUGUUGGACAUGUUCAUGUCUGUACAAGGUGAUGGGUAAAUUUCAUGUGCUGCGGCUGCGUGUUAGAUCGCUUGCAAGCGUGUUCAGUGGGGUCACAAAAAAAUAAUCAUAUUUAGUUUAUUUUAUACAUAAUUACCAGUUAUUUACUGUCUGCAUUCCACGAUCUCGUUGUUAUAAACGCAAUACUAUUAUGGAGAACAUAUCCCAGUCAACAUAUUGGUUCCUGAAAAUCGACUGAGAACAAACACCCAUAGUUAGUUUACUAAAAGCUGGGUUUAAAUUCCCGCUAAUCUCUCUUCUUAUCUUGUUUUUUUUUUCUUAUAAUAAGAAAUUAUUAUUUUUUUUUUUAAGAAAAUAAUCCCUGUUUGAAUUUAAUUAUAUAGUAAGUCGUAUUUUCUGUAUUUUAUGGCGUGAUCGUUGGAUUCAAUUCGAUGACUGAUUUUCAUUUUUCGUACAUAAUUUUUUUUUCUUCUAAAAAUACAACCAUGUGCAGUAAGUAAAACUUUCUAAAAAAGGUUCUGAAGGGAAUCGGUUUAAGGAAUGAUUUGGGAUUUUCAAUAUAGAAUAAACUGCGAACAGUAUUUUGAUAACAAGUUUUCUCCCUAUGCAAUCAAAUAAAUUUUAAAUUAAAUCGAUUUUAGCAGACGCAGUAAAUUAUAAUAUAAAUUUAUAUUAUACCAUCACUAACUUCGGUAUUCUUUUGGGCAUUUCUGAAACUUGUAAUAUUCUGCACUAAAAUACCGAUUUUAUUUUGUUUAUCCAUGUACUAGUAUAACUAUCUUUUAAAUCACGAUUUUAGUUUGUUCAAAAUAUAUUAAAAAAUAAGAAAAUGUUUAUAAAUUUAUUAUGCUUUUAUUUGUUUCGAGGUUCAAUCUGUACUGGAAAUAUUUCAUAUAUGUAUAUAUAAAAAACUAUUUCUAAUUGUCUUCUUACAAAACUUUAACUCUUUUCCACUGUUUAUUGUUUAUCUCAACGUAUACAAUAAGAAUGUGUUUCACUUUGUACUAUUUUAGAAUUUAUUGGUCUUUAUUAAGAUUUAUUUUUAUUAUUCUUACAACUACACUACUCACUGCGAUAUCACGAAAAUAAAAUAAUAAGCAUU